AUGCGAGCACUAUCGUUCCAAAAUGUCCCUCUGUGGCUUUCGGCUUUGCUAGUUACUCCAGCGGAAGCGUUUUUUCGCAUGCCCUGUCCGAGUCGCUUGGUCCAAGAGCGUGCCGAUCCCAUCGUGAAUCCAGGUGCUGUAGCCGCCCAUGUGCACACCAUUUCCGGGGGCAACGGGUUCUCCUUUGAUAUGGACUAUGAGGAUGCAAGAGCAUCGCAGUGCUCCUCAUGUCCUAUCAAGCAGGAUCUGUCCAACUACUGGACGCCUACGCUUUACUACCAGGCCGAAAAUCGGAGCUUCAUCAGCGUUGCCCAGGCCGGUGAUGGCGAUGGGACGACUGGUGGGAUGACGGUCUAUUACCUGCAGAGACCCGGCCCGAACAAUGACAAACUUCAUGCCUUCCCCAAAGGCUUCCGAAUGCUCGCGGGCGACCCCAUGAAGCGGAACAACACCAACGACUUCGAAUCAGAGGCGGUUAGCUAUGUCUGUCUGAACUAUAACGGCCCUGCGAAGCCGGAGACAAACGCUUUCCCUAAUUAUAAUUGUCCCGAUGGCCUCCGUGUGCAACUGUUUUUCCCUUCCUGUUGGGAUGGCAAGAAUCUCGAUUCUCCCGAUCACCGCUCUCACAUGGCCUACCCUAUCUCUGGCGCGUAUAACAACGGUGCUUGUCCAAAGAGUCACCCGGUUCAUAUGGUCUCUCUUUUCUAUGAGGUUAUUUGGCAGACUAAUAAAUUCGCCGAUCAAUGGUAUGGAGAUAAGCAGCCGUUCGUCUUUGCUCACGGUGAUCCAACGGGAUAUGGCAUGCACGCCGACUUUGUGAAUGGGUGGGAUGUUGAUGUUUUGCAGAAGGCAGUUGAUGUCUGUCUGAACGACAGUGGACGCAUCGAGGACUGUCUAACUCCCGAGGGAGACUCGGUUUUCGAAUUCUUCACUGGCGAAGAGUGCCAAGCGUGUAGUUUGCCCUCCUAUGUCGACGAGCAGAUUCACGGCGUCCUAGACAAGCUCCCUGGCUGUAAUCCGGUGACCUACGGGCCAGAGCGAGCUGAGCAUGUCUCCUGCGCUAAAACUCCCAUAGGUCAGGCGGCCCCAUACUUCACUGACCUCAUCGAGAAGAAUUGGGAAUACGUCGGGUGUGGAAUCGACAAGUAUGACAAUCGCACCUUCACAGCGGAAUCGACUCGCGACGACAAAAUGACCGUGGAGCGCUGCACGGAAUUCUGCAGUAGUAAGGGGUACGAUUACGCCGGCCUGGAAUAUUCGUCUGAGUGCUAUUGCGAUAACUCGAUCCCGGCUGACAGACGCCCGAAAAAGGGUAUUAUGGGCAAUUGCCAGAUGUCGUGCUCGGGCGAUAAUUCUCAAUACUGUGGAAGUGGUGGCUCCAUGUCCAUAUACCAUAAAUGCAGUGGUGAGGCCAAAUGCGAGAAUAACGAGGUUGGCUCGCCGGGAAAAUUGAAGAACAGCGCGGAGGAAGCCAGGGUUAAGCAGCACCUGCGCCGGCAUGCGGAUAGGAAUUCUCACCGGUUCUCCAUUUAG